AUGUCCGUUUACGGAUUCAAUCCAAUUGAUAACCUCCCAGAGUAUUAUAAUUUUGCAUACUCAUUCAAUAUUCUCACUAUUUUUACUAUUGUUACUGCUACCUACACUAUAUUUUCUUUUGGAGUUACAUUAAAAAUGUGUAUUUUUUAUUUGAAGAAUAGAAAUUCUGAUGUGCUGAAAAGUGGCUUGCGAGCUGAUGUUUUUCGGAUAUUCUUGCUCAUGCAGUUGUGGAAUGCAUUUCACGUUUUACUGGAUUUUCUAGUUGUUCGAAUUCCACUUACAUCAAUAUUUACUUCAUAUUGCUCUCUUUAUAAACCAGAGGUGGCAUUGAAAAUAUUAACACUGCUAUUCACAGGAUGUGUGUAUACAUCUCAUCUUUUAACAUUGGCGUUUUGUGUUCAAAGAGUUGCGUUGUUGUAUGCGGAUGAAUAUCAGAAAGAUAUAAUAUCAAAAGUGUUUGACAUUGUCUGCCCAAUUCUUAUUGUUUUUGGUCAUUCUCUCGGUAUUCCUCAUUUGCUUCUCACAACUUCUUGUUUUCAAAUGGGAAUUCCAUAUCCAUUUGGUUCAAUUGUUAUAACGGCCAGCCGGAUGGAUAUGCCAGUUUAUGCAAUAAUAUAUGCAAUUUCCACAAAUGCAAUGAUUGUUUUGAUCGUUGUUACAACGAUUUUCAUGUUUGCAAAACUACAUCAGAAGCGAAAAUUAAGCGCUGAGUUGCAUCGUACCUACAAUUCAAAAUCUGAGAAGGUACUGACUGCAACAAUGAUUUUUAUUAUCCUUCCUAUUGUAAUGCCUGCAAUUCUGUCGAUUGUUGAUAUAUUCGCUUACGGUCUUUAUCCAUAUAUCUUCCUUUUUCGGUGUAUCUGCUUAGAUGCUCGAGCUCAUAUCGUUUCAUGCUAUUUUUAUUUCACUCAUCAGAUUUUUAAAAAGAAACAAUUGAAUAGGGUUGAAUGUGAGAGUGGUCAGAAAUAA